GACUCUCUCUCAGUCUCACUCACGCUGUCACGCGGCUCACGCCCCACCCCCACCACACCGCUCUCUUCUUCACCACCGCGAAAGCAAGAGAGAGAGAGACAGAGAGAGCAGGCAGCGGCAAUGGCUGGCGCUGGGGACGAGUACUACUACGGCGGGCCGGGGCAGGGGCAGGGGCCGCGCGGCGCCCCACACGGCCUGCUGCUGGCGGUGGUGGUUGGCCUCGUGGUGGCGGGCCCGCUGUUUCUGGGCGACGGCGGCGAGGCGCUGACGGAGGCCGUGGCGGAGCUGCUGAGCCCGGUCGGGCUGCUUCUCCUCCCCGUGUGCCUGCUGUUCCUCAUCCGCCUCCUCUCCUCCGACCGCGGCGCCGCGGCGCUCGCCGACGUCUUCGCCUUCGGCGGGUCCCCCGACGCCGUCCACCGCGUCGGAGGGUCCCCCGUCGGCGUCGCGCUCAUGCUCCUCCUCAUCCUCGCGCUGCUCUACUACCGCUCCUCGCUCUUCGGCGGCGGCGGCGACGACGACGAGUAGGAGACCGGCGGCGCGAUCUCCGGCCGUGGCGUGGCGUUGUUUUUGUGUAAUGCGAGGGGCGUGGGUGCAAAAGUGCGUGUGUAAAUCGAGUGGAUCGGAGUAAAUUAAUCUAAUUUACUCCUUUGCUAAUGCUUCGUCUGUUUGUAAAUCGAUGGCUCCUGAAGCU